AUGAGCACCAUCAUGGUGGUUCCAAACCGAAAAUUUGGAUCGGUGGAUCUGAGGACUCAGACAAUCAUGAUGUUGAUCACUGCAGCUCUUAUUCUCAUUAUCACCUGUGGCAUUGCUCUAGGACAGGAUGUGCCUGAUGAAAUGACAUAUUCAUUGGAUAUGGCACCAGAUUCAGUGGAUGACCUGUAUGAUGGUUGUUCAAGACACAUGACAGACCAGGUGCAGACAUGUUACCUAAAUAGAGAAAUCUCUCUACCAGGCUUUAAAAAAGCUUGGAGAGACGGUGAAGAAAAUUACUUGGAACCACAAGAUGACUUGACAAGGAACCAUUCAAUUGCCAUUAAUGUGUACACUGGUAGUAAAGUACAUGAUGAAUUCAAUAAUGCUGUUAGAUCUGGAAAACAUGCAUACCGUCUACAGGCAUUCAAAUGGUACUCGCUUCACUUUUGGUUGACAGAAGCGAUACAGAUUCUAAAGAAAACACAACAGGAAUGCAAAUUAACAUAUCGUGGCACAAAAGUUAGUUUCAAACAAAGUCUUGUUUUAAACAAAGAGAUUCGUUUCGGCUCAUUUACCUCCUCCUCUCUUGAUCAAAAUGAAACAAGGAAAUUUGGAACUCUUUAUUGUUUUGAAAUCUUUACUUGUCACGGUGCUGAUAUUUCAAUUUACUCCCAGCAUCCUGCUGAGAAAGAGGUUCUGAUUCCCCCGUAUGAGAAAUUUAUCAUCACUGAUAUCAGGAAUGAUCAGAAAGAUGACUGGUGUAAGACUGUGUACACGUUGAGCAGCUCUGGAAUAAAAAGUAACUUAAACUGUGCGGUGGCAUAUCGCAGAUGUCCUUCUCUUUCUCGCAAUUACAUCAGAGGAGGGCGAAUUACAUCCCCCAGAGCAUUUUUAUCUGACCCGCACAACAGUUUUUUUGUGAAAAGUAAGCAUGGCUAUGAAAAACGGAGUAGAGCUGUUCAACAAAGAAUGGACAGCAAAAUAUUUCACUAG